UCCCGACGUGCUUCGCGCAGCUGUCAUGGCGGCUCCCUGAGGCCGGUGGUGGCACAUGGGUCGGGAGCGAGGCGGCUGCGGUCAGUGAGGGAACCGCGCCUCAGCCGGGCUGGGGGUGAGGCAGGAGAGCGAGAGCGAGGCAGCGGCGGCAGCGGACAAGUGGAGAAUGUGGGCGCUGGAGUGGGCGCUCCUGAGGGGCUUCCCCAGCGCGGCGGAGUCCCGGCGGGCCAAGCAGAGCGAGGUGACCGCGGCAGGAAGCGAAUCCUUACUGCAAUUGCAUUUUGAAUGCAACUAUGAAGCUAUUUUAUUAAGUGAAGUGAUCCAGGAUGUUUUCACUACAUUUACAAUGACAGAAGACAAGAUUGACACCUACUUGGAGAAGCAGAUUUUAGCAUACCUGAACUGUUCUGCUGCUGAUGCUGAUAAUGUGGAAAGACAAAGACUGAUAUUUCUUCUCGGAGUUGGCAGCUUACAGCUGUUUGUUCAGAGCAAUUGGACUGGACCUCCUGUUCUCUUAGAGCCUCAGGAUUUUUUGCCAUCUUCAUUGUUGCACCAGUUUUGUGAGCCCAAAGCAUUGUGUACAGCUGUUCUGAGUAUGCUGGUUCUGGAUGGUGAAUCAGUCUAUAAUUUGAUUUCCCUUCCUAUCUUGCUGAUUUUAGCCAGAGUGAUUCUCGUGCAUUCAAGACACAAACUUGCAUCUAUUCAGACAUUGCCUUGGUGGACUUUGCGAUAUGUGAAUAUUCACCAGCAGUUGCUGGAAGAGCGAUCACCUGAGCUCUUUGCUCUUGCCCAGACUUGUAUAGAACAAAUGAUAAAUGUGGAAACUUUGUUCACAGAUGAUGAAUGUUGGCAUUUGGCAGUUCAGUUUCAUCUUGAAUGUGCCUAUACAUUUUUGAAUUACUAUGAAUAUAGAAAAGCUAAAAAGCAUUUCAAUGCAGCUAAAGACAUAACGAAACUACAAAUUAAUUUGACCGGUGCUUUGGGGAAAAGGACGCGAUUUCAGGAAAAGCUUGUAGCACAGCUUAUACUUGAUGUCCAAAGGAAAGAUGUCAUCAUUCCUCAUCAUGAGCUGAGCCCAGCUUCUACUCCUCUAGAAAAUUUAACAAAGAAUUAUGAUUUAAAUGAUGACACAGUACUAAAUGAGAUCAAAUUAGCAGAUGCUGAUCAGUACCAGUUGCCUGACCUGUGUGCAGAGGAGCUUGCUGUUAUCCUUGGAGUUUGCAUAGAUUUCCAAAAGAAUAACCCAAUACACAAGCUAACUGAAGAGGAGCUUUUAGCAUUUACAUCAUGUUUACUUUCACAACCAAAGUUCUGGGCCAUUCAGUAUUCAGCAUUACUUCUUCGGACGAAACUUGAGAAAGGAAGCAUUCGUCGAGUAGAACGAGCAAUGAGGCAGACUCAGGCACUUGCAGAUCAGUUUGAAGACAAGAAAACAUUAGUAUCUGAACGACUGAAGAUUUUCUACAGUUGUCAGGUGCCUCCACACUGGGCCAUAGAGCGCCAACUUGCAAGCUUACUCUUUGAACUGGGGUGCACAAGUUCAGCUCUACAAAUCUUCGAGAAGUUGGAAAUGUGGGAAGAUGUAGUAAUCUGCUAUGAAAGAGCAGGACAGCAUGGAAAGGCAGAAGACAUCUUGAGGCAAGAGCUAGAAAAAAAGGAAACACCAGGAUUAUAUUGUUUGCUUGGUGAUGUUCUUAAAGAUCACCUCUACUAUGACAAGGCUUGGGAGUUAUCGAAGCAUCGCAGUGCCCGGGCCCAACGCUCCAAGGGACUCCUUUAUCUUCGCCACAAAGAGUUCAGACAAUGUGUGGAGUGCUUUGAACGCUCAGUGAAGAUUAAUCCUAUGCAGUUAGGUGUGUGGUUUUCCCUGGGUUGUGCCUAUUUAGCGUUGGAAGACUAUGAUGGUGCUGCCAAAGCAUUUCAGCGCUGUGUGACGUUGGAACCUGAAAAUGCUGAAGCUUGGAACAAUUUAUCAACUGCAUAUAUCAGAUUGAAACAAAAAAACAAAGCAUUUCGCACUCUUCAAGAAGCGCUCAAGUGUAACUAUGAACACUGGCAGAUUUGGGAGAACUAUCUUGUUACCAGUACAGACAUUGGAGAGUUUUCAGAAGCAAUAAAAGCUUAUCAUCGGCUCAUGGAUUUACAAGAAAAGUACAAAGAUGUGCAGGUGCUGAAUAUUCUGGUAAGGGCAGUGGUGGAUGGACUGGCUGAUCAUAAUGGAGAAGUGGCAACAGGAUUGAAGGGGAAAUUGCAAGAGCUAUUUGGUAGAGUCACUUCAAGAGUAACAAGUGACGCAGACAUCUGGAGACUGUAUGCCAGACUCUGUGGAAAUGGACAAAGUGAUAACCCUGCAGAUACUGAAAAGGCACUACAGUAUCUCACCAAGGCACAUAAAUGUGAAAUGCAAUCAACAGAUUGGGAGAAAGAUAUUUCAUCUUUUAAAGAAUUGGUGAAAGGAGCUAUAGAGCUUGCCCAUGUGGCGAUAAAGUGCAGUAAAAACAAAUCUAAUCCCCAGGGAGCUUUGCAGAUACUCUCUUCCGCUCGACUCAACCUGCGUGGCUUAUUAUCUAAAGCAAAGCAACUUUUUGUAGACAUAGCAAGCGGUGAAAUUUCCGGUGAGUUACUUGAUGAAGUAACAGCUAUGGACAGUAUGAUUGCUGAACUGCAAGAAAUGAGCAACCAGUUGAGGAAUCGAUGCUGAGAUAAAGAAGAUAAGAUUUCCUGGACAGAAGACAAGACAUUCUUUAUUUGUUCCGGUUUCUGCUGAUGAAAUUGCAACAACUGUAAUGCAUAAUACAAAUUUUUAAUAAAUGUUUUCCUGUACAAUGACAUUCUUAUAGAUUCCCCAAGCUUCUAAA